CCGGAAGUCAGGCUCUGCAGCGUCCGUGUGGCGAAAGCCAAGCGCUGUUUCGGCUGCUGAGCGUCCGGUCCGGAGCCGCGUAAAGACGGAGCUGGGGUGCUUCUUGUCUUCUCCCUGAGCCUUCGGAGUACCAGGCCGCGCUGCUGGGGGGGGGGGGGGGGGCGACCGCGCACAAAGUGUACUUCGCCACUCUUCAUUCCCUCUGCCCCACCUCACGUUUGGGUGACCGCUAGGGUACACGGCCUGGGGUCUUUGAAAGACCUUUGUUCUCCCCUAAGAAAGGCGUCCCCUAAAGUGGCCCAUCUUGGGGACCCCCAGAGUGGGCCGUGGUUGUGGCUAACUGCCUUCCCGGUUGCGUGCUCUGCAUAGAGUGGAAAGGGCUGAGAUUUGAAGCCAGAGGACUUUAGUUCUAGUCCCCAUGUUGCUCUUACGUGGCAGGUUUCCAAGACCUCUAAGCCUUGAAAAAUUGUGAAAUGACCGUAGCUCUCCUGCAGGUGUUCCCCUCUGCAGGCUUCCGUAGUAUUUAUAUUCUUACAGCGGCCAGUCACCCUGUUUUGUGCCUUUCUUUUCUCUAAGUCGCCUUGAAAGACUGGAAUCUGUCCCCAUCGUUCACAGGGUCUGUGACCUGGGUAGCAGGAAGCUUAAUUACGGCUGGCUGGUAUAACCUAAAUUUUCUGGAUUCUGGUGUGAGAGCUGCUUAUAGACCUUGCUGCUGUCACAAAGCUCUUGGGCAGUAAACAAUGAAACAACUUUAGAUUAGACAAAGGGUGGGCUCUUCUUGGUUACGUAAGUGUCGUUUUAGUUUGAUCCUUUUCUUUUGUUCUAGCAGGAAGCCUUACCAGUACAGAGAGCAAAGUUUAUUAUCAUCUAGGUCUAGCAAAGGAACACACAGCUCUGAUCCUUACUCAGCGUUACCACUUAACACUCAUGAGUUACUCUGCUUUGUGCUUUAUAGGUAAUAUCACAUUUAAUCUUGUAAUAAUCCUAUAAAUUAGUAUUGUCAGAUGGGGAAACCAAAUCACCUGGUUAAGUAACUUGCCUGGUAACAAGGCCCAGGUUUCAGUUCAAGUCCUUUUGAUUUCAGAUACUUAACUAUCCUGUGAUUAAGUUUCCAUUUACCCUCUAAAUCAGAACAAUUUGCUUUUUUCACCUUUUGGGACAGUGGCCCUCACUAGGAAUGACUUAAUGAGAGCUGUUGGCAUACAGUAUAACCUAAAGUACAUUUUCUCACCACAUACACCCCCCCCCAUAACUUUAUUUUCUUUGCUCCUGUGGUACCAGGGCCUUUACAUUCAUUAACUCUGCCGUGAUAUACUUAACUUCCAUAUACUCUUCUAGUAUGCUCAAAUCAUGCUAAUGAAAGCACGUAUGUGAGUAAGAAGUCUAAAUGAAAAACAGCUUUGAAGAAAGAUUCGGGAGGAGUGCGUUGACGAGAUAGGAAGAGCAAAUAGGUAUCAGGUGGACAUUAGACCUCUGUAGAUGGGUAGAUCUCCUGUCCUCCUUUAAUUAGGGAAAUAGGCAGCAGCUCCCAUCAGAACCUGAAAUAAAUGGAGAAGCUUGGAAUGGACCUAAACUAACUUGAUCAGGAAAAAGAAGGGUGGAUGAAGGUGGAAGGCAAAACAAGGAGACAAAGCGCACUGGGGUUUGUGCUGUGCCUGGGUACUGGGUGAGCAGAUGGAACGCUUUGUCCGCGUUCCCUGUGGCUUGUACCAGGGCUAUGGGAAUACGAUGCCUUUGGGCCAGCCAGGACUCUAUGAACACAAACAGCCUGACUGGAGGCGAAACACUGGUCCCCCCACUUUCCUGGCCAGGCCUGGGUUGCUGGUGCCCGCAAAUGCCUCUGACUACUGUAUGGACCCUUACAAGAGGGCGCAGCUUAAGGCCAUUCUCUCCCAGAUGAACCCCAGCCUGAGCCUGCGGCUUUGCAAGGCCAACACCAAGGAGGUGGGGGUGCAGGUGAGUCCGCGGGUGGACAAGUCCGUGCAGUGCUCGCUGGGUUCUCGCACCUUGCGCAGCCGCUCCCCUUGGAGCAGCUCAGGUCACAAGGUACCCCUGCCGGCCUGGGGAGUCUAUUCACCAGUGAUAGGUCGCAGGGGCUUGAUCCAGCUGCGAAAGGAGGGGGAAGACCAGGAGAGGAAGGCACUUUUGGGUCCUGCGGAGGCCAGCCAGCAGCAGCAGCAGUCACCACCAAUGCCAAGGUCUGAAGAGGACAAACAGGAGGAGCUUUGCCAGCAUGGGUUGGGGGAGGAAGGUACCCCAAACCCUCAGGAAGGGAAGAGCAAGCAGACACAGGGAGUCGGUGGAGCAGAUCUGCUCCGGAAACCCAACUUCCAGUUUUUGGAACCAAAAUAUGGCUAUUUUCACUGUAAAGAUUGUAAGACCAGAUGGGAGAGUGCUUAUGUGUGGUGCAUUUCUGGAACUAAUAAGGUUUAUUUCAAACAACUGUGUUGCAAAUGCCAAAAGAGUUUUAACCCUUACCGAGUAGAAGCAAUCCAAUGUCAGACCUGUUCAAAGUCUCGUUGUUCCUGUCCUCAAAAGAAAAGACACAUUGAUCUAAGGAGGCCGCAUCGACAGGAACUGUGUGGUCGCUGCAAAGACAAGAGAUUCUCCUGUGGCAAUACUUACAGCUUUAAAUACAUCAUGUCACAGGCAGUAUGACUUGUACAGGACACCCAAACUUUCCUUGUAACUUACGGUACUGUUCCUUUUUUGCAACUUAGCUCUGACCUGGUAUUGGAAAAUGGACUAGGCUUUUGUACUUUUUGUAGGUUGCUAACAAUUGUACAGUGUGAGUAGAAUAAAAUAAAUGCAUGUAAAAUAGACCAUGAAGGCACAUUAAUUGGUGAUUUCGGGGUAAAAACAUCCAUACAGUAUUGGGAAAUGGUAGAUACUGUCACUUACAUGAAGGGAACAAUAAUCAUUUGACAAACUUUUAUCAGCUGGUUGUUCUAAGCACUGGAAAUACAGAGAUGAUAAGGGGCAAGGUCCUGGCCUUCAGCUAUACAUAAUAAUUGUAGCAAAUGCUUAAACAGCUUUUAUUAUGUGCUAUGGAUUGUAACUCAUUAUAGCAGCCAUAUUAAAUGCAAACUAUUAUACCCCCUCUUAAGAGAUAAAGAGAGGGAGCCACAGAGAGAUCAAAGUGUAGAGCCAGGAUUUGAACCCACAUGGACUCUGACUUGCUCCAUAGCUUGAACUACUGCAUAUAUAUGCACGUACAUAUAUUUAUGUAUGCAUAUAUACAUACAUACAUGUGUAUAUAUAUAUACAUAUGUAUACAUAUAUAUACAUAUAUAAAUACACCUAUAUAUGUGUACAUAUAAGAUAUAUAUUUUUUUCAGGUUCAAAUGUGGUAAGUGCUGUGAAGGGAACAGUGCUGUGAUAGAGUGAGCUUUUAGGUAGGGUGGUUGGGAUGAGGCAGCAUGAGAAUGGAGACUUGCAGGAUAAGGGAGCUUAGAGAAAAGAAGAUGGUCUUGACCCAAGGGAACAGAAAGAGCCAAGUCUCUGAUCUGAGCAGGUGGGCCACAUUCUUGGCAUGGCCCAGGAAUAGGAGCCCCUAAGACUAAUGUAGGACAGAAGCUGGAGAAGACAGGGCUCAAGUUACAAACAGUUCUUUUGGCCUUAGCAAGCCUAUGGCAGCCCAUGAAGCAGUUUUCAACAAGACAUGACAUCAGAUUCUUACUUUAAAAAACUCUCUGUCAGGGAAAGACCAGGUAGAGUGGAAGGUGGGAGACCAGUUAGGAGGUUCACGAAUGCACAGGCAAAAUGGUGGCUCAGACAAGGGUGGUGGCCAUGGAGAUGGAGAGAAGUACAUCAAUUCAAGAUAAUGUUGGAGUUAUACAGGAUUGGAAGUGGAUGAUGCAGAAAUAAAUGACUUUGAUUUUCCUACUUUUUUUUUAAAGUUUAUUUUGAGAGAGAGAGAGAGAGAGAUCAGGAGCAGGGGAGGGGCAGAGAAAGAGGAAAAGAGAGAAUCCCAAGAGUCUCCUCAUUGUCCACACAGAACCCCACACAGGGUUCAAACUUCAAAACCAUGAGAUUGUGGCCUAAACUGAUACCAAGAAUCAGACGUUCACCUGCCUGAGCCACCAGGCACCCUGAAAUAAAUGACUUUUAGAUUUCUACAUUUAGCUAUGGGGCAGAUGGAAUUGAGAGGUAUAACAUUUAGGAGCAGGCUGUGGAGUCUUACUACCUAAUUUAAAAUCCUGGGUGUAGCAGAUGUAUGAUUAUGGACAAAUCAUGUGAAUACCUUAAAGCUAUGGCAGGUUCAGUUUCAGACCACCGCAGUAAAGUAUCUCAAUAAAGUGAGUCAAAUGAAUUUUUUUUUUUAGUGCAUAUAAAAGCUGUGUUUACAUAUACUGUAGUCUCUUAAGUGUGCGAUAGCAUUAUUACUAACAAAAAUGUAUAUACCUAAUUCAAAAUCGCUUUAUUGUUGCAAAGUGCUAGACAUCAUCUGAGCUUUUAGUGAGUUGUAAUUUUUUCUGGGAAGGUCUUGGCUUGAUGUUGAUGGCUGCUCGCUGAUUAGGGCUGUGCUUGCCUGCUGACUGAUUAGGGUGGUUGGUGUGGCUGUGGUCAUUUCUUAAAAUAAGAUAACAGUGAAGUUUGUGCCUCAUCCAUUGACUCUUCCUUUCAUAAAUAGUUUCUCUGUAGCAUGUGAUAGCAUUUUACCCACAGUAGAACUUCUUUCAAAAUUGGGGUCAAUCCCCUCAAACUAUACAGCUGCUUUAUCAACUAGGUUGACAUAAUAUUCUAAAUUCCUCAUUGUCAUUUCAAUAAUAUUCACAGCAUUUUCACCAGGAGUAGAUUCCAUCACAAGAAACCAUUUUUAUUGCUCAUUCAUCAGAAGCAAUUGCUCCUCCAUUAAAGUUUUUCUCAUGAGAUUGCAGCAAUCCGGUCACAUCUUGAGGCUCCACUCUUAACUCCAGUUCUCUCGUUAUUUCCACCGUAUCUGCAGUUACUUCCUUCACUGAAGUCUUGGAUCCCUCAAAGUCAUCCAUGAGGGUUGGAACAAACUUCCUCCAAACUCCUAGUAAUGUUGGUAUCUUCUCAUAAAUCAUGAAUGUUCUUACUGGCAUCUAGAAUGGUGAAUCCUUUUCAGAAGUCUUUCCAUUUACUUUGCCCACAUCCAUCAGAGGAGUCACAACUAUGACAGCUAUAGCUGUAUGAAGUGUAUUUCUUAAUUUUUUUAAUGACAUUGAUUCAUUUUUGAGAGGCCGAGACGCAGCACAAGCAGGGGAGGGGCAGAGAGAGUGGGAGAUAGAAUCUGAAGCAGACUCCAGGCUCUGAGCUGUCAGCACAGAGCCCGAUGCAGGGCUGGAACCCACAAACUGUGAGAUCAUGACCUGAGCCGAAGUUAGAUGCUAGAAGUGUAUUUAAGAUUUGAAGGUCAGAAUUAUUCCUCUAUCUAUGGGUUGUAGAAUGGAUUGUAUGUUAGGUGUGAAAAGAACCUUAAUCUCACUGUACGUUUCCAUCAGGUUUCUUGGGUGACCAGGUACAUUGUCCGUGAGCAGUAAUAUUUUGAAAGGAAUCUUUUUCUGAGCAGUAGGUCUCAAUAGUGGGUUUGAAAUGUUCAGUAGAACAUGUUGUAAACAGAUGUGCUGCCAUCCAGGCUUUAUUGUUCCAUUUACAGAGCACAGGCAGAGGACAUUUAGCAUAAUUCUUAAGGGCCCUAGGAUUUUCAGAAUAAUAAAUGAGCAUUGCCUUCAGUCUCGAACCAGUUGCAUUGACUCGUAGCCAGAGAGUCAGCCACACAUUGACUGCUCUCUAGUUCUGAAAGUCCUCAAUGGCCUCUUCUUCCAACAGAAGGCUGUUUUGUCUAUAUUGACAAUCUGUUGUGUAGUGUAGCCACCUUCAUGAAUUAUUUUAGGCAGAUCUUCUGGAUCACUUGCUGUUGCUUCUACACCAGUGCUUACAGCUUCACCUUGCACUUUUACGGAGACGGCUUCUUUCCUUAAACCUCCUGAACCCACCUCUGCUGGUUUUAAACUUGUGUAGCCUCCUUACCUCUCUCUGCUUUCAUAGAAUUAGAGUUAGGGCCUUGGUCUGGAUCAGGCGUUGGCUUAAGGGAGUAUUGUGGCCAGUUUGAUCUAUCCAGACACUUAAACUUUCUCCAUAUCUGCAAUAAGGCUAUUUCACUUUCUUAUUUGUGUCUUCACUGGCGUAGCACUUUUAAUUUCCUUUGAGAACCCUUCCUUUGCACUCACAACUUGGCUACCUCUUUGGCACGAGAGGCCUAGCUUUGGGCCUGUCUCGGCUUUUGACAUGCCUUCCUCACUGAGCUCUAUCAUUUCUAGCUUUUGACUUAAAGUGAGAGGUGAGUGACUCGUCCUUUCACUUGAACACCUAGAGGCUACUGUAGGGUUACUCACUGACAUAAUUUCAAUAUUGUGUCUCAGGCAGAAGGGAGGCCUGAGGAGAGUGAGAGAGAUGGGGGGGAUGGCUUGUUGGUGGUACAGUCAGAAUACAUCCGACAUUUACUGGUAGUUUUUUAUUUUGUGGGCUAAGCUUGUGGCAUCCCGAGACAUUACCAUAGUAACAUCAAAGAUUACUGAUAAAAGACCAUCAAAAAAUGUGGUGAAAAGGUAGAAAUAUUGUGAGAGUCACCAAAAUGUGACAUACUCACAAAGUGAGUAAAUGCUGUUGGAAAAAAUGGCACCAAGUCUUGCUUGACAGAGUUGCCACAAACCAUCAAUUUGUUAAAACGAAAACAAACCGUAUCUGCAAAGGGCAGUAAGAUGAAGCCCAAUCAGACAAAGUAUGCCUGUACUUAACUCUCCAUGUCUCAGUUACUCUUCUGUAAAAUGGGAACAAUAAUCGUACCUGUCCCUUAGCGGUAGUAUGAGGACUAAAGGAGCUGAUACAUGUUCUGCAUUGAGGAUCAUACCAAUAUCAUUGUGAGGGCUUGGUAAAUUGAAUUUUUACUUUGGUGGAACUCAGUAGUGAGAUGGGGAGAGUUUCUUUUUCAACACACUAGGUUUGAAAUAUUUGAGACCUCCAAAUGCACAUGUCCUGUAGGCUGUUGAGUAUAUGAAUUUGGAAUUUAGGAGAGCUGUCAGAGCUAUGGCAGAGAUUUGGAGAUAAAAAAAUAUAGAGUUCUUAAAGCCUUGGAUCUGGACAGGACCAUGUGGGAAGAAAGUACAGCCCAAGGCUCUGGGGCACAUGAACAUUUACAGCAACGAUCCCAAAACGUUCACGUUCCAGGAGUUAUCUGGUGAUCAUGUUAAUUGAGGAUUGUGAUUGAGUAGGUUUGGGGUCUGAGUCUGCAAACCUAACAAACUCCCAGAUGCUAUCAAUGCCCCUGGUCUUCUGGAUCACACUUAGAGUAACAAGAAGUUAGAGGUAAAAUAGGAGGUCAAGAGGGAUAGGAAGAGGAUGGUGUCACGAAAGCAAAGCUAAAACAGGAUUUUGAGGCUGGUUGACUCCAUACCUGUGGUGAGUGAGAAAGAUGCAGAUAGAUCUCUGUUGGAACGGUGACGUGAAGGUUGCUGGUGAUCUUGAAAGGAGAAGUUUUGAUAGAAUGGUAGGAUGGAAGCCAGAGUAAAGAAAGUCAAGACCGUGAAUAGAGAUAAUACUUUGGAGAAGUUUUGAUGUUAAAAAACUGAGAAAUUGGAGAUAGCCAGAAGGGCUUUUGGGGGGAAUGUGAGGCAUUAAGUUUGUAUGUUAAUGGAAAUAAUUCCGUAGAGAGAAGUUGAUGAUACAGCUGAUGAAGGAUCUGCCCAUGGGAGCAAAGCCUUUGAAAAGGGAGAAGAGAUGAAAUCCAGAGCACAAGUGGAGUGAUUAGGUCUGAGUGGAAAGAGUAAACUUUUUUAAAUUAAUUUUUUAAUGUACACCCAAGUUAGCAUAUAAUGCAACAAUGAUAUCAGGAGUAGAUUCCUUAAUGCCCCUUACCCACUUAGCCCAUCCCCCCUCCCACAACCCCUCCAUCAACCCCUCCAUCAACCCUCUGUUUGUUCUCCAUAUUUGAGAGUCUCUUAGGUUUUGUCCUCCUUCCUGUUUUUAUAUUAUUUUUGCUUCCCUUCCCUUAUGUUCAUCUCUUUUGUAUCUUGAAAUCAUCACAUUCCAGUGAUGUCAUGAUAUAUCUUUCUCUAAUUUCACUUACUGUAAUACCCUCCAGUUCCAUCCAUGUAGUUGCAAAUGGCAAGAUUUCAUCCUUUUUGAUUGUCGAGUAAUACUCCAUUGUAUAUGCAUACCACAUCUUCUUUAUGCAUUCAUCCAUCAAUGGGCAUUUGGGUUCUUUCCAUACUUUGGCUAUUGUUGAUAGUGCUGCUAUAAACAUUUGGGUGCAUGUGCCCCUUUGAAUCAGGGGCACUACUGUAUCCUUUGGAUAAAUACCUAAUAGUGCAAAUGCUGGGUUGUAGGGUAGUUCUAAAUUUUUUGAGGAACCUCCAUAUUGUUUGCCAGAGUGGUUGCACCAGCUUGCAUUCCCACCAACAAUGCAAAAGAGAUCCU